AUGUUUUUCUCAUCUAUGCCUUUCGAUAUGGGUGGAGGAUUUGAUGGUAGAAUGGGUCGUGCGUCUCGGGAUGUGGAUAAUAAAAAGUUAUACGAAACACUUGAAAUAAGUCAAGAUGCAACUUUAAGUGAAAUUAAGAAGGCAUAUCGUCGUUUAGCAAUAAAACAUCAUCCAGAUAAGGGAGGUGACCAGGAAAAAUUUAAGGAAAUAAGUCGAGCAUAUGAAAUAUUAAGUGAUCCUGAGAAAAGAAAAAUAUAUGAUGAAUAUGGUGAGGAGGGUUUAGAAGGAGGGGGAGGAGGUUCAGAUCCUGUGGAUUUGUUUGAUGUUAUUUUUGGGGGUGGACGUAGAUCUGGUGGAGGUCGUGGAGGCAAAAGACGUGGUGAAGAUAUUGUGACUCACCUGAAAGUUACACUAGAGCAAAUAUAUAAUGGCUCAGUAAGAAAGAUGGCUAUUAAUAAAGAUACAAUUUGUGAUGAAUGUGAAGGUGUAGGAGGUCCAAAGGAUGCAAUUCAAUAUUGUGAAUUAUGCCAAGGACAAGGUAUUAGAGUUCAAAUUAGGCAGAUUGGACCAAUGGUCCAACAAACUCAAUCACCAUGUACUACUUGUAAAGGAACUGGUAAGAUUAUCCCGGCUUCUAAACAGUGUAAAAAGUGCAACGGUAGUGGUUCUGUAAAAGAGCGAAAAGUUUUGGAAGUAAAUAUAGAUAAGGGUAUACCAAAUCAUCAUAAAGUUACUUUCCAUGGAGAGGCAGAUGAGAAACAAGGUGAGGUACCGGGAGAUGUGGUGUUUGUCUUAGAUGAACAAGAGCAUUCAACUUUUAAGAGAAGAGGAGGUGAUCUAUUUAUGGAGAAGAAUAUAACAUUGGUGGAGGCAUUAACGGGUUAUACUUUUACAGUUACACACUUAGAUGGUAGAAAGUUACUAGUGAAGUCUAACCCUGGAGAUAUUGCUAAACCUGGUGAUAUUAAAUGUAUAAAUGGAGAAGGUAUGCCUACAUAUAAGAAUCCAUUUGUAAAGGGUCACUUGUUUUUGGUUAUUAACAUCACAUUUCCAGAUAGCUUGAAUAAAAAAGCACAAGAUACAUUAAAAUCAAUUCUACCAGCCCCUCAACCUUUAAAUGUUUCAGAAAAUGAUCCAAAUAUUGAGAUUCACUAUACUACAAACACGAAACCUUCAGAAGUAAAAGAUAGGAUGCAGAAAGAAGCUUAUCAAGAAGAUGAAGAUGAAGGUCAUCAUAGUGGUACAGAGAGAGUUGCUUGUAGGCAGCAAUAA